AUGAAUAUUCAUCGGUGUCGUUUUGUCGACUACACUCCUCAUACCAUUACGGCGUUAUCGUUUAACCUGCCCAGUGUAGCAUCUAACAUACAACCUCCAUCUACACUUCGUUUGGCAGUUGGUAGAUCAAAUGGUGAUAUCGAGAUUUGGAAUCCUAGAUGGUCUUGGGUCCAUGAAAUCACUUUAAAAGGUGGCCAAGGACGGUCUAUUGAAGGUCUAGUCUGGUCAAAGGGUGGCAACCGUUUGUUCUCCAUUGGUGGAUCCACAAGUAUUACUGAAUGGGACCUUAAUACAGGUUUACCAGUCUUGAGCCACGAUUGUAAUGCCGGCGUUGUGUGGUCAUUAGCAAUCUCCCCGGAUGGUGAACAAUUAGCUGCUGGUUGCGACAAUGGUACAGUUGUAUUGUUAGAUUUGUCAAGUGGCAUUAAGGGACAGAUCGACCAUUUAAAAAUUCUCCAGAGAAGCAAUAAUAGAAUUAUGAGUUUGGCUUGGAAAGGUGCGAACCAGGUUGUUGGAGGUUGUUCUGACGGUAGAAUCAGAGUAUGGAGUACCGAAUCUAGCAAUAACGGUAGAAUACUGGCCACAAUGAAAGUAGAUAAGUCGAGACUUGACGAAUCCACUUUAGUAUGGUCUGUACUUGUGUUACCUAACAAGCAGAUUGUUAGUGGUGACUCGACUGGUAGCAUCAAGUUCUGGGACGCACAAAACUUCUCUUUAUUACAAAGUUUUAAAUCACACGAAGCGGAUAUCUUGUGUCUCGCAAGUAAUUAUAAGGGCAAUACGAUAUUUUCGGCCGGCGUUGAUAGAAAGAUUGUCAGCUACAAAAUUGUCAAUUCUAAACUGAAGAGAUGGGCUUCUGUCAGCAACCGUUUAUUGCAUGCACAUGAUAUUAGAGCCAUGACUACAUUUGAAGCGAAAGGCACCAGUUUUCUUAUUUCUGGUGGUGUUGAAAGGACUCUGGUGAUAAAUUCUGUCACCAACUUCAUGGAUGGAAUGUUCAGAAAAAUCCCAAUUACUCGCCACAGACCUUGUGUGCAGGCGAUCUCAGAACCAAGAUUAUUGAUGUUAUGGAACGAUCAAUCUGUAAAGAUCUGGAAGGUUGAUGAGUAUAUUGAGCCCGAUGCAGAAAGCCUGCAGAGCGAAGAGAAAGGAAAGCGACUAGUGGCCAAGAUCACUCUCAACUGUGAAGAAAAUGUCACGUCGGCAGCUUUGUCUGAAAACGGAUCUCUUUUGGCGGUGUCGACUUUGGCAGAAACUAAAUUAUUCGAGCUGACUCCAUCUGAGAAUGGUAGUCGCUUAUUGGUACAAAAGUCAAAUGAAGCAAAUGCUCUUAGUUCACUGGGUGCUAGCAUUAUACGAUUCAGCCAAGAUUCAUCCAAAUUAAUUGCUGUGACCCCCGAAUCGGAUAUUGUCGUUUAUAAUGUUGCAAAUGAUGAGUUGAUUGAAGAAUCAAGCGUAAACGACUCAGAUGACGAGGAUGAUGAACAAAACUUCCAUGCCGCUUCCAGUAGAAACAUCUUCCGCUUAAGCGUAUCGAACUGUGGCAAAUAUGUUGCCACUGCCAGACCCAACGGACAAAUCAAUCUGUUUGAAAUUACGAAAACUCAAGUCCGACCCCUUGGACUACUUACAAAGCUUAACAGUGCACCCACUGCGCUGAAAUUCACACUUAAAAAUACUUUGAUUAUCGCUACAGCUGAAAUCAAGGUUCUCGAAUUUGACAUUAACACAAAAUCUUUAACCCCUUGGUCAAGAAGAAAUUCCGAUUUACUACCUAGAGAUCUUAUUAACCUAGUAGAUAAAUGUUGUGGCAUCUUUUUUGAACCAUGUUCACCCAAUCGUGUAUGGUUGUGGGGUGCCAACUGGCUUGCAUUCCUUGAUCUCGCUCAGAAUAUGCCAUUUCAACGAGUGGCAAAACGUAAAAUUGAUAGAUUAGGAGUUGAUGAAGAAGAAGAUAGAGCCACGACUCAAGAAAUCCGCAAAUCUCUCCCUUUAAACGGUCACGAUGUCAAUGGUACUGCCGACAAUGCCUCGACUUCUGUACCCUUUUGGAUGACUCUAAAAUAUAGACCCAUGCUUUUGGCAGACACACUCGGUGCUGGCGAACUAGUUGUUAUUGAGAGACCCCCAUUCGACGUUCCUCUUCCUCCUGCUUUCUGGUCAAACCACAAGAUCAAAGUGUAA